AUGGCGGAGAAGCGAAAACUCCCUGCGCGCGAACGUCGAGAACCCGCAGCAAAGCGACGAGUCUCCGAAGCUACUCCGCAAGCCCAUUCAUCCAGGAGGAGGAAGACUUCAACACCUGCUAUCGCACAGUCGCCAGCUGCUGAGCCUGUUCGUGAGCCUACACCGGAGCCUGUUGAGGAACCUCUUCCUACCAAAAUAAAAGAUGGAGAAGCUCUUCCAACAAGGGCAAAGGCUCAGCCAUCUCAACGUUCAAACAAGGACUUUCAAUCUAUCGCGGAAAGUGCGGUGCUACUAAUCUCCCUAGAUCGCUCCAAAAAGAAAUGGCUCAGCGAUGGUAUCUUCGAGAGAUAUUGGACGAAACCAAAGAAGACCAAGAGAGAACAGAUAGAAGGGAAAAAUCCGCCAAAGGACUCGAUGGCCAAAAUCGGACCUUGUAAAAUCAUCAUAGAGCCACACCACUUCGAUGGAAUGAUUUAUACUGUCAAGGAUCCCAACGCCAAACCACCCGUGCAGAUUCCUCCACCGCAGCGGCAUAUUGUUCAGUACGGCCCUCCACCGCCACAAGGCUACCAAUAUCAACAUUACGCACCCCCAAAUCAAAUGAGACCACCUCCUUAUGGUUAUCCUCCACCUCACCCGCAGCAGCUUCCUCAUCCUCAUCCUCAUCCUCAACCAAGAACCCCACAACCCCCUCCGGUGCAGCGACAGCCGCCUCCGCCACCAGCGCAAACUCCUCCGCCACAACCUGUGAAGCCAAGUCCAGACCCAGUUAUUCAGAUGCUUGCGACCAGAGCAGCUGCGAACCCGGAGUUAAAGGCCUUGAUGAGAGUUGUGGCGUCAAGCAAGGCCUCACAAGAACAACUGCGUACUUUCCAGGCUCAUAUUGAUGAAUUGAACGCGAUCAUUAGGCAGAGGGAGGAGCAGCAGAGGAAACAGCAGCAGCAACAGCAACCGCCACCACCACCACCACCGUCGGCGCAGCAACAACAAUCGACACCGCAGCCAAAUCAAACCCAAAACAACAAGUCUCCCAAUACGCAGACCAAUGGCGCGCAGCAAUCUCCAGCCCAACCAUCACAGCCUGAAGGAUCGUCGGCACCGGCACCUCCCGCGACACCGGCCUCCACAUCAGAAAAGACACCAGCAUCGGCAUCUGCUGAACCCCCAGUACAGCCGCAACCACAGGCGUCAUCCCAAGCACAGACUCCGAUUAAAGACAACAGUGCAAAGCCAGAGACGCAGUCUAAUCCAGCCGCUAGUCAAUCAACAACCCCAAACCCAGACCCUGAGAAAUCUGCCGAUAAUACCGUCACACAGGUUAAGGUGGAACCCGGGGCUACUACCUCUACUCCAGCGCCGGCUGCAUCAGCCAGCACACCUCUGCCUAAAGCCCCGGGGCCCAACUCAUCGGCAAGCCCAGCGCCGGCACCUUUAGCACCAUCUUCGAAUGUAGCUCCUGCUCCUCCAAGGCCUCUUCCACCCAACCAGUCACCCCAACCCGGCCCCUAUGCUAUGGGCCCGCCACAGUAUCAACAAUACCCUCAUCCUCCAUAUCAGCAGGGACCACCUCCUAUAAAGGCGCGCAGUACGCCUCAAUAUGGCCCUCCGGGUGCAUACUAUCAAUCUGCACCCGUACAGCCGCCUCCCAAACCCCCGAUAAAAGCGGUGGUCUUUGAAUUCACAUCGCCAUUGACGCCAUAUGGAAGUAGCACUUCCGGUCAUGCUGGCUCUGGAGACCGUUAUUUAUUCCCGGAAUAUUCUAUUUUGGAAUAUCAAGCAGGAGGAACAAUACUUAUUGCUUCCUUUCUGCUUGUACGCAAAGUCGACUCCAAUACCAAGUUUCCACUAGAGAGUCCCUCGGAUAUUCCUCCCAAGUCCAAGAGCAAGUCUUCUAAAUCGAAAAAGAAAGAUAAGGAGAAGGAGAAGCUUGACACCGCCGGUCCAUCGACACCUGUUCCCGAGAAAGAAGCUCCAAAGGAUCAAGACAACAAGGACUCAGGCACAGCCAAUAAAGAGGCUCAACCAACGGAUGGGAAACCGAAGGAAGGCGAUGCUGCAAAGGAAGGAACCCCCAGAAAGGAUGAUUCCAAUUUCAAAGAGUACUACCAACCCCUCACAAUGCGCUUCUACAGCAGCAAACCUGCCACCCUCGAGCCCUUGUCUCGCAUUGUGAAACCCGUGGCAGAAGUACAAAAGUACAUGGAAGAAGUCAUGGACCGUGCUGAACGUGCUCCUACUGGAUUCCUCGCCUUUCAUUUGCCUCGCGAGGCUAACAUGAAUGCCGAAGAGCCUACUACAUCUGUCGCGCCGGAAGAUGCCAAAUCGAAAGCGGCUGGUACCACUAUUACUACUGCCGCUACUGUUAGUGAAGUCGAGGAAACCGAUACCAUGGCAAACGAGACCGAGUUGGAGGAUUUGGACGAUGAAUUGAAAGAUUUCUAUGAUUCUCCCAGCGGCCUUGCACCUCUGCACGUGUGA